AUGGAUCCAAGUCCCAGGAAGCCGCUGGGCUUGACCUUGGAGGCCUUCCCCGAUGGCAGAGGCGUAGGGGUGAGUGCCAUCACUCCAGAAAGCAACGCAGACCAGCUCAACAGGAAAGUCUGCAUCACGGAAGAAGAUACCGGUAUGUGGAUCCUAGAAGGCGACAGAGUUAUUGGCGUCAAUGGAACAGAGACCGUCGAUGCUCAGGUCGAGGACAUUGCAAGGUUGGUGGGGGAGUCUGAGGGCGACUCGGUGACCCUGACUCUCGUGCGCAACACCCGCUCCGGCCCGAUCAAGGUCGUGAUUAUGCCGGAUAAGAAGGUUGCGACUGUCCGCCGCAAUGCACGGCUGUCCUCAGCCGUGGAGUUCGCUCUGGGCAGGGAGAUCAAGUAUGGCUGCAUCGAUGGCUGGUGUGGCACCUGCUGGCACCGUGAGCGCACCACGGGCUGGCUCUUCAAGCCGUGCUCCGACAUGAUCACGUCGGACUGGGACAACGUGAUGCCCAUGGUGCUGUUCCCAAAGCCGGAGAAGGCCGGUGACGCGACGCUGCUGCAGCCGCGGGGCGCUGGGGCCUCUCUCAAGGGGUGGCCUCUGAAAGCAGAUUUUUCGCGUAAAUGUAUACAGCAGGUACACACGUAUACAUGUAUACAUGUACACAUAUGUACUUCUGUAAGAUGCACAUAUCUGUACAUAUAUAUGUACAUGUAUGUCUACAUGUAUAUAUCUGAAGAAAAGUAUACAUAUAUAUAUAUAUAUAUAUACGUAUAUACGUAUGUAUAUGUACAUACAUACAUAUAUAUAUAUAUAUGUAUGCAUAUAUGUGUAUAUGUAACAUAUGUACCUCUGCUUAUACGUAUAUAUGUGUAUAUGUUUAUACGUAUAUAUAUAUAUAUAUAUGUAUAUAUAUAUCUAUAUGUGUGUAUAUACGUAUAUAUGUAUAUAUGUAUAUAG